AUGAGCGGCUCUGCUACCCCGACACAGCAGCCCAAAAGGAAGAAAGUGAGAACGGCAAAUAGGAGCAAACUGAUCCUCGAUUUACCCCCAGAGUGUCGCCUUUCUAAACUUCCCGUCGAACUCCUCGCCGAGAUUCUUCUUUACACCGAAUCUCCCAGGGAUGUCCUUUCUGUCGCACGUUCAUGUAAAGCAUUGUGCUACACAUUGCUUUACGAAACCAAUCAAUUCAUUUGGCGUUACUGCAGGAUGAAUUGUAAACCAGAACCUCUUCCGGAGCCGGUUCCAAGGUUCACAGAAUCGGCGUAUGCGGCUUUUGUUUUCGACAAAUCUGAUUGUGAGGUCUGUGGCCAACCUGCUUCAUUGUCAGGUUCUUAUGCCUUGGAGCUCAAAAUAUGUCGAAAACCCGAGUGUCAAACGGCCCUCACUUCAGCUCCACGACCCAUACUCACCUCAGAUUUCCUGCAUGUUUCGGAAUUGCACCGAGACCGUCCGUACUUCUCCACCCUACCCAGCGCCGAGUCAAGUAGGUGCUUUGAUGCUAAUACUCCCAAAGACACGAGUGUCGUGGCCGUUUGGCCGCAGAUUGAAAAGAUGCGUAUCUCUGAUUUGACUCGGGCAUACCAUGAGUAUCUGGAUGAAUCUUCGACGCCGGAAAAACUCGAGGCGUACGUACAGCGCUGCGAGAAACGGACACGCCAAAAUCGGGAGUUCAUGGCGUUGUGCGUCUCGUUGUAUCAUUGGAGAUGCAAUUUUGAGACUCUUGCGAGAAACGUCAAGAAAGAGAAUGAGAAAAUAGGUAAAUCUCUUGCCAAACGUCAUGGCAUUGAUUAUUGGGAUCUUAUUUCGACGCCUAGUUACGGCGAAGUAUACCGAGCGAAGAAUAAAGCCUUGGAGAAAAUCACAGAUUUCGAUUACGGGGUUCGUCGUGAGGCCAUCAAUGCUCAGCUCUUGAAGAUCAAAGAACAGAGAGCCCGACGCACGCACGAAGAUAACUAUCGCAAAGCACGGGGCAGCGUGGCGAAACAUUACAAUCGACUUCGCUUCGGGAAACAGGAAACCCCUCUUCCUACCCUCGAGCGAUUCCGCGAACUGCCUAUUAUAACGCAGUUGCAGAAAAAUGCUCGUUCUGACUUGGAUUUGGAUGCCGAACUGCAGUCGCCCCUUAUUUCGUCAUUAUUGAACACUCAACUGGAAGAAUGGCGAACAAAGACGAUGGACCACUUGGGAACUUUGGUCGGACAACCUGCAGGAUGGAAAUCAGCGAGUACACAAGUACUUCACCCUGUUCAACGGGUCACGGCGAGGUUCAAGUGUGGACGUUGUAAGAGGUUGGAGAUGAGUUAUCAAGAGGAUGAAUGCUUUGAUCUGGCCGGUGUUUGUGCGCAUCAGUGCAAACCGGAGAAAAAGGAUCGUGUCCUUCAUUGGAACGUUGAAAAAUUCACCACGGAUGAGAAGGCUAUCAACGCUAUGACGAAAGUCGUCAAACUGUGCAACAUCCAUCCUGAAAGUUCUUCCUCGAUAUCGGCACUGAAGGGGAUGGGGUGCAGGAUUUUAUGCAUGAGCUGUGAACCGUUAAUUGUGAUGUCCCCAGAAAGUGUGGUCGGCCAUUGUCAUCGUCACGACGACAUGGAAAUGAGGCUUAUCACCAAGGAAGAGGCAGAAGCCAUCAUGAAGGAUCGUCCACCAGUCAAACUCGCCCAAAGGUUACUGGGAAACGAGAAGCGGUUUCAAGCUGCCCGAAAGCUUAUGGUGUUCGGAUGUAGGCACUGUGCUCAGCGUAAAGGAGAAACAGGAAGUGACGAGGGCACAGCAAAUACUGACACUACGACUGUGUCAACCAUUGCACCUACUGACGCUACAAAUGGCUCAACGGCUACACCUACCGACGCUACGGGUGGUUUGACGACUGCAACAACUAACGACAACCCGCCCCCCACAAAUGGAGGUACGAAAGCGAAUAAUACAACUAAUAGUGCAUCCGAUCCGGGCGACAAUGUCGGUGGCGAUGGCGAAAAAGCUGGUGAGAGUAGUGAGAGCAAAGGAGAGGAGGCCAUUACCCCUGCGAUGAAGCCUAGAAAACUUUCACAGAUGUUCAGUUUUGACGGUCUCAGGUCUCAUUUGAAAGCAAAACACGCGGUCUUGAAUAUCCGCGAUGAAGAUUUGCACUGUACGCGGGUGGACGAGGUUCUCAAGAUCUCAAGACUUUUACAGUAA